GCGCAAGACUCUUGUUUAUGUUUAUAUUCCAGUCCAGAAAAGUUUUAUUGUGAGAAAAACAAAGGAAGGAAAGGAAAAUCUCAAGGAAUGUCGUCAAAUUUAGAAGAUUCAAAAAUGGAUGAAACUCCAGAGGAUGGAGAUCUAGUAAUGGACCUUCCGGAAGCUGUGGAAACGGAGGAAUCGGAAGAGAUGAAAAGCUUGGAAGCAACAGAGUGUGAGGAAAAACGUGAAACAGAAGAAAUGAUCCUCCCAGAUGACCCAGAGGAGAAUCAAGAAACACAAGACCUGGAAAAAGAGGCAAAAGACUCUCAGGAAUCAGUGGAAACAGCUCGAGAGCCACAGGUAGAUGCCCUUCCAGCUCCCAAGAAGAUUCGUCGCCGCCGGAAGACCUUUUCAAGCUUCAACAAUGAUGGAUCGUAUGCGAGUAGCAUCUGUGCUUCCGUAAAAACCCGCCAGAGACGACAGAGUGUCUACUACGAGGAUGAGAAGGACAAUGAGAGCUAUGAGGACAAAAAACGUGAUUUGCAGAAGAAGAUACGUCUCGGGAAGGACACAGAAUCAGCCAGGGCGCAUGCAGAAGAUGAUGCACCCGUGCCUGAAAAACCCUCUCGCCGGCCAAAGUAUGCCAGCGAUUUUAUGGAUGAGAAUCAGGAUGCCCUGGCGGAAUUCCCACAGCUCCGUAUGCAUUUCCUCGAAUCACAACAAACUCCUUCAAAUAAAUCCUCAGAAGAUGACAAGGAGGAGGAUGAGGAAGACACCGGAGAGAAUAUCAUGUACUGCGUGAAUGAGGAUCCCCCGCAGGAAGUCCAGGAAGUGCCUCAACUAACGCCACAGGCCUCAGGAUCGUCACGCAGGAAGAGCACACUGAAACCCAUGGAGGCUGUGGUGAAAUUCGAGAAGAUUAUCUCAUACAGAAAUCCCACAAUCCCAUUCCAAUCGCAGUACAAAGCCCUCAUCAACGUCCUCAAUAGAGUCCCAAAUACCAAUGAUCAGCUCAUGCGACGACUAGCCUGCCUCAAGGUCUUUCAUCAGUAUUUCUACUCGGAAAUCACUCGAUCAUCCAAACUGGGAAAGGCAUUGAAGAAAUCUCAAAAUACGUUUCCCUAACCGACGAAUCUUGCCACAAAUUGUACAGAUUAUUAAAUGAAAAAAAAAAUUGUGAAAUAAAAGAUUUUUCCUAUAA